CCUCAGUCAAAUUCUGGAGAGUUAUAGAUGAAAAUAUGCAUGAGCAGACGGAUUUUUAACAAAUGGUAGAAAUAGGGGUGAAACCCCUUUAUAUAGCCCACAUCUCUGGAUAGUUCAUUCACAAUCCUAAACAACCAUGAAGGUUUUGGUGAUCUUAGCAGCCUGCUUGGCUUAUGCCCAAGCUGAAGUUCUAUGCAACCUCUACGGAGGAAGCUGUGGUGGCUCAUGCUACAAGAAAAUCAACAUGCCAGGACUCUGUAACGGAGGACAACAGUGUUGUACCAAGGACACAAUCUGCGGAGACAAAUAUGGAGGAACCUGUGUCGGUGCUCUCGCUCCCUGCCUAGGAGGUGGACGAUUCGUAGGAAAGAAUGGAAAUAUCUGCUCUACCGCCACUGAGGUAUGCUGUAUCCCUAAUGACAAAGUCCCCACCUCAACUACCAUCCGCCCCACAGGUGCUGGGCCCACUUCUCCACAAAGAGCAAGUGGUGCCCGAUGUGGAGUGAGCAAAGUUGGAGGCAGCCGUAUUGUCGGAGGAUCCAGGGCUUCCCGUGGUGCUUGGCCAUGGCAGAUCUCUCUCAGGUCUUUCGGACAGCACAGCUGUGGAGGAUCCAUCCUGAACGAGGAAUGGAUCUUGACUGCUGCACAUUGCUUCCUGUCUUCUCCCUGGACCUGGGCUUACACUGUUAGAGUAGGAGAACACAACCAACAACGUAGAUCUGGCAGCGAGGUUGAUAUUGAAGUUGCUCAGAUCAUCAAGCACCCAGACUACUCUGGAGCUGAUCCAUCAGAUCCCCAUGAUAUUGCCCUCAUCAGACUGGCCAAGCCAAUUAACCUGAACAGCAACCAAGUCAACACCGUAUGUCUCCCCAAGGCUUCUGAUAACUUCGUCAACAACAGGAACUGCUAUGUAACUGGCUGGGGACAACUCGGAGGCAACCUCGCUCCCGCCCAGACCCUUAUGCAGGUGAAGGGACCCGUUCUCACCAACGACGACUGCAACUGGAAGUGGCUCUUCAAAAUCCAAAGUGGUAUGUUGUGCUUCGGAGGUGGCCCAGUCGGAGCUUGCCGUGGUGACAGUGGUGGCCCUCUGGUGUGCAAACAGGGAACAGGAUACGUACAAGCUGGUGUCGUCUCCUGGGGAUCUGCUGCCUGUGAAGAGCAGCCAACCGUAUUCACCCGUGUCACUUCUUACCUUCCCUGGAUCAGGAAGUACGUCAAGGGAGUCUAAAUUUCAUGUACCACUUUUUAUGUAAUAAACAAAAUUGAAAUAAUU